CUCUCUUAUUGCUCAUCAAAACGAACAGAAAGCGUUAAAUUUGACUCCCUUGGGCGAGCUAGUGAUACGAUGGCGUAUGUUGUGCCGAUGCCUGGGGCUGGGCCGAGCGUUCUGCCGCGGCAAACUCCGUUGACGGUGAUCAGCCCGCAGUUCCUAGCAACCUACCCUGUGGAUCUGAUCAUCACAGAGAAGAUGAUGACGAUCAAGGAAGGUGCUUUCACUGUGUCAGACGUUAAUGGAAAUCUCAUGUUCCAGAUCAAAGGCUCCUUGUUCAGCUUGCACGAUCGUCGAACUUUGCUCGACGGCGCCGGCACUCCUAUUGUCUCCUUCCGUCAAAAGAUAAUGACGACACAUAGGAGAUGGAACGUAUUUAGAGGAGACAGUUCAGACGCCAAAAAUCUACUCUUUACUGUAAAAAAGUCGUCCCUUUUCCAAAUGAAAACAGAAUUAGAUGUGUUCUUGGCAGGUAAUACUUCUAAUGAAAAAGCGUUCGAUUUCAAGAUCAAAGGAAGCUGGGGGGAAAGAUCAUGUACCAUCUACGAUAGAAACAACACUAUCAUUGCACAAAUGCACAAGAAACAUGAUCUGAAAAGUAUGUUCUUUGGGAGAGAUGCGUUUUCGGUGACGGUGUAUCCUCAUGUUGAUUACGCCUUUGUAGUUGCCAUUGUGGUUGUCCUUCAUGAGAUCAACAUGGACAGAAGUGGGCUAGACUGAUGUGGAGAUCAAAGAAGAGCAUGUUAAGGCUGGCAAAGAGAAGGCAGCCCACCUCUUCAAGCUGUCCUGGCCAAUCCUAAUGAAUACUGUUAAACUUAAUUGCAUGUCAGAAGUUUAUUAAUUUGUUCAGUUUUCAGUUUUUCACGAUCUUCCCGUGUCUUAAUUCUUAUUCAACUUGGAAUAUUUACAAAUCGAUUGUUGUAUCUUCACCUAAGAUAAUGAGUAUCUUCAGUUACUCAAUUAAUUGUUGUUA